AUGCUUGUCUACCUUAUUUCCUUUGGAAUACUGGGCACGUUGGCAAUGCGUUCUGCAGACCCGAUUCGGACAGAGCUGCUUAUAACAAGUUCGCUUUCCAAGAGGCACCUAAACGUGGUUAAUCAGUCUCGGUGGACAGGCUCUCUCCGAACUAUAUACUCCAGAAUCCACAGCGUUGUGCAGAGAGCUCCAUAUUUCUUUAACCCUUCGUAUUGUAGACUUGGCUCACACGAUUAUUACCAUUCUCAGAAGCCCUUCUUUAUUAGCCGCUCUUCUGCAUUACAGGAAGAGGGAGAGAUACCUAGUAGCCCACCUGACUAUAUAGAUGUGAAGCUGGGGCCGGCAACAACCUCAUAUAGGGGAAAUUGGAGCGUUGCCCAAGGAAACUCUGGCUCUCUGAGACUAUAUACCCCCAGUCCGGAUAGGGCAGCUGGUGGAAUGAUGCUUGCGAGUAUCUUCGACUUGACGUGGACAACUGAGUACUAUUCGCAGAAAAAAGACAGUGGCGAGCUUCUCACACAACCCCGCAACGUUAGUGCGGCUAUCUAUUUGAUGAACGGAUCCUACAUAAACAGCGAUUCACACUAUUUUGUGGGCUAUGGAUACUACUAUCCGUCUCAGCAGAAAGGCCUGAUAAAGCUGAUUAUACCGUCACUAUCAAAGCAGCCAGCUCUUGAUUUGAAUAUUACAGAAGUGGAUGCUUAUAUUAAUGGUGAUGAACCAUGGCCAUCAUAUGUGACAAGUGAUGAUAUGCUAGGAGAGUUCAAAUUUAAUGAGACUUGUACGACUUCGAAUUCGUCUGAUUUGGAACGCCCAAAUGCAUGCGACUAUUACUUAUUUUUCAGCAUUUCUAACACAACAAGGCCGAUAAAAGGCCACACUUAUCCACCGGAUUUCGCGGCCCAGAUUCGGCAGGAAGGCAGACCUCUUGCCGGUAGUACCACUGAGGAGAUAGUUCCCUUAAUAGAAUAUCGGCUUUAUUCAGCGAAGUGCUGUGUUGAUAUGCAGACACGCUCUCUUAUUUAUAACUCGGCUCAAGAAAUGACUCAGGCGAUGGUCUACGGAGGAGUGGUGUCCAUCUUUGCCAUUCUCACAGCCGUUCUUAGUGCACAUUCAUUGACAAAAUUGGUUUCUCCAGUACGACUUGCUCAGCUGACUAUGGCAUCCAUUGUGAUGCAAACGACGAUUGAUGCACUUCUAGCUAUCAACGGGGUCAACUACGCGUUUGAAUUUCAGAACUCACUAGGUCCUCUGCUUCUUGCAGCGGUCGCUUUCUUUAUCAUAUGUCUCAUCAUCGACAUCCAGCUUCUUAUGCUCAAACAGCGGCAGAUGAUGAUAGAUAGAAACAGAGGUCAGAAUCCACAGAUUGGAAUAAAAAUAUAUUGCAUAUUCUACCUGGUUAUGCUCGGAUCUAUGAUUGUGAGCUCGUACAUCCCGUUUAAGUUUCUCUUUUACUUCUUUCUUCUCUUGUCAUCUUAUUGGGUCCCACAGUGCUAUCAUAUGUAUAAAAUACGAUCUCCUACAAUGGGAUACACGUACACGUACGUAGUUUUCACAACAAUCCUUCGCGUGGUUCCAAUAUGGUACUUCUACUGUUAUCCGAAGAACUUUCUAGGGUACGAAACCGUUUCGUUCUACCAGUAUCUUCUAUUUUUCUGGGUCUUUCUACAGCUCACUAUAAUGCUGGCCCUUAUGGCUACACACAAGAAUCGAUACAAAGCGUUUGUCGCCAAAGGGUCUCACUCCAUAUACACAUACACUAAUAAGCUUCUUUCACAGCAUGUUCUUACAGACUUUGACUACGUUGACCACGUAAGCAAUCAGCGGAGAGAAGCAGAGACGCCACGUGAGUUUUUGGCGCGACUUGAAUCAGAUGCCGGGCAGUCCUUUCCGUUUGUUAUGUCAUAUUUCCAGAAGCCUAGCUCUACCAUUCGUGCAUACUCUAACCAAGCAACAGUUACUGUUUUACCAUCAAGUGAGGAGUUACAGCUAGAGAGCGAGUUUUAUCAGCAUUAUUGCAUGAAUCCUUUACAUAAGCACAGCUCUCUAUACUCAGAAGAUAUGACUGUGGCUGCCCUUGCCUCGUGUACUACGUACUUACAGUCUCGACUAUCCUGUCAGCAAGCUCUUUUGUACACUGAUGUCAGGGAUCCUGAAGGCAGCCUCAUGAACUGCUUCUACAUGGUGAAACCGAAAGACGUAUCUGAAUGUGUUAUUUGCAGUAUUUGCUUUGAUUAUAUCACCCUCACAGAAAAGCACAUUAACCUUUUCUCUGAGUCAUCGAAAAAGGCACACGAGUUGGACGCGCAAGCGAUAAAAGAUAUAUUGGAAGACAUAAACACAUCAGGAAAGUUGUCAGGAGAGGAAGAGCCACCUCAGCAGAAGUCGUCAGCUGAUUCUGAUCGGGAUCUCUGGACUACCCCAUGCGGACACAUCUUUCAUGCUGCCUGUCUACGCCGCUGGAUGGACGAGACCCUUCAGUGUCCAGUUGAUCGAGCGGCACUGCCACUUCCAGCCUACUAA